CUAUCCUUUUCUAAACAAGACUUCUCUGUCGCACUUGUACAUUUGCAUCAGUUCGAACUCGCAACCUCGCACUUCUCGUGUCAAAAUCGUCAAAUCCCGUCUCGCAGUGUAGACGUUUGCUUGUGUGACUCGUAGGCUUCGCACUAAUCGUGUUAAACUUUGUUGUGUUUUGUGUUAUAAAAAUGCCUUUUAUUUCAAAAGACUGGAGGUCUCCCGGUGAGGAAUGGGUUAAAACUCAAGAGGGAUGGGAAAAGAAGAAGGUGUUGGAGUGCACUGCACAACGAUAUCCCGCUAUAACUAACUUUAAUAACUCAGACGAUAGUCAGCAAAAGUCGUGGUCCUCAGAAGGUGAAGAAAGUGAGAAGAACGCAGAUGGAGUAAACAGGAUACCUCCACAUUGUCACAUCACAAUCAAAUGUACCAGAGAGAUUGCAGGUUUCAACGGUCUAUCCGAAGCGGUGCGUCGUCUAGAUUUCUCAUCCGCAGUGCGUGAUGUUCGUCGUUUCAACUACAUCUGUGCUCUAUUGGAACUGCUGGUCGGUGGCCAAAGACUGACACAUCUGCCUGGAGCUGCACAGAAGCUGUUAUUGUCCAUGUUGGAGCAACUUGCUGAUCAAGUGGCAACAUCAAAACAUAAUUUGAACGCUCUCCGCGCGCUAGUGAUGUCCGUAUCAUCUGCGCGAGAGUCGGAGAAGCGGUCGUGUUGGGGCCGGCCGCUCGGCUCGCGAGCGUUGUGGGGCCAUCAUGACCACGCCAUCGCGAGAAUCAACCGCAUCGCUAAUAGUAUUAGGAUACAAGAGCCGGGACCAGAAGUAGUACCGAAGCUCCACGACUUACCUGAAGAAUGUAUCAGAGAAAUUCUCCUCAGGAUAUCGGAUCACAGGGAUUUAGAUGCUGCUUCAUCAGCAUGGACAGUAAUGGCAUCAGUAUGCAAUGAGCAGCGCAUCUGGCGCGAGCUGGUCAACUUCCACUUCACUCAACAGCAGAUUGAUGCCGCCCUCGCCAAGAACAAGGAAGAUAUUUCUGAUGAGAAGGAGUUUGACUGGAAGAAACUCUUCCAUCAGCUUAGAAAGAUGUACGGUCUUCGAGAAGACGCGCAGUUUGCUGAGACAUUAUCCCUAUGUCGCCACUGUAAGUGCCUGUUCUGGCGUUCGCUGGGACACCCCUGCAUAGCUGACCAGUGCCCUGAGUACCGUGAGAGACUCAAGGAGGCCGGAGGUCCUCUUCCUCCACACCCCGUUCCUCCUGCGGCCUUCCUUAAAUUUUUCUCUCUGUAGAGUUGAACUACACCGAACGAAUACAUCACGAAGUCGACAGUCAGUUUCCUGCCAGAAACUCUUGACGUCACUUAACAGGAGUAACUUCAGCAGGUAUGAAAUAUAGUAAGACUAGCCGCUGGAUUUUGGCAUCUUACAAUUACAUGAUUUUAUUAAUUACCAUGAUAACUGAUUCAAUGAAAAUCCCUUUCACCGCACUGAAUAUCAGAAAUAUAUAUUUGUAAAAGAUAUAUAUUGUGCAGAGCUAAUAUUUAUCAGUAUUCAUGUGUACAAAUCCAUUUUAAAGCGCAUGUUAUAAGUCUUCCAUUAAAGGGAGAAUAUAUCAUUCAUAUUUAUCAUACAUGGAGUUGGAGAUGCCUAAAUGCGAUUCAUACUUAAAAUAUGUUGGUGCUUCAUCCAGUAUUUUACAAGUGACAGUAAUGCAACCUCUUUGCAAUCAAUGACUGACUAAGAUCUCAGGCAUCAGGCCUACUUUGAAAUAUUACAUAUUCACUUUUAACUGAGUAGGAAAUGAAUUACUUAAACUAUAGGGCAAAAGUAAGUUGUAGCUUCAGAGACAGACCUAUGAAAAAAUCGCGAGAAGGAAAUAUUAGGUGCAAGUCUGUAUACCACUUACUUUUGCCAUGAAUUUUAAAUUUAUAUUCGGAAUUAAAUUAAGAAUCAAAUCAUUAAAGUGAUUGUAAGGUGUAUUAAAUUAAAAUAAAAUUUAUUCUUAUAUUAUCUAUGGCUUGAGUAAAUCAUUUGAAACCAGAAAUUGAUUGAUGUGUUCCACUGUAGCAAUUUUCUAUUAUUAUUGAAUUUUGACUAUAGUUACGAUAUACAAGUAGAUAUUUAGUGAAUCCUUGUUUGUUAUUAAAUUUGGAGGGCCUACCCUUCAUACAAUUAAAAUAAUAAAACUAAAACAACAGCCAGUUAAGUGUUGCCAGGCUUGAAUAUAUCUAUGAAUCUACUUUUCUGAAGAGAUCAAAUGUGUAGUAUGAACUAAUCAUGCUAAUAAUAUUCAAGAAGGGUUGGCAACACUACCAGUGAAUGUGACCAAAAACAUUAAAACUUGCUAUUUUUGUGUUAAGUAUAAAUAAUGUUAUGUUUAAGGGAUUUCUUUCACUUAUAUUCGUUUGAGCACGCACUUAAUGCUUAUUAAAAAAAUAUGAAUAAGGCUUUAAAAUAAUAAUUAAAAAGUUAUGUGAUAAUUCCAAAAUUAUAUCAAGAUAAGUGUGUUGUAAUAUUGUAUUUAUCUAUGUGUGUUGUUUGUUAUGUUUAUUUAUAUUACAGUUAUAUUUUAGUUAAAAAGAAAAUGAGGUAGCCAAGUUCUCUACAGAGAUACAAAUGAGGUAGCCAAGUUCUCUACAGAGAUACAAAUAAAAAGCUGCUAUUUGAAAUAUUGACUGUUACCAUUUUAUGACAAAAUUAAAAGGUUUUUAGUUAUUUAAUAUAAAGAUGCAAUAAAUAAAUUAGAUUGUUGACUUGGUUUCAAAAAAAAUAUUAAUUAUUUAAUUUUAUAAAUUAAUAAAAUUAACAUUUUAGUUCCUUAUUUAAAAUUAGACUAAUUUAAAUGGCUACGAAUUUAAAAUCAUGACUUUGCUUUUAAUGCGUGCUUGCAUUUAAUACGCACACAAUAUUGAAAUAGAAUCGUCACAAUUGCAUACAUAAUCCGUAAUUAUGAAAAUAGUGACGCAAUAGUUAUAGAACUUAGUUGACGUAGUAAUUUUUGACGAGCUAAUUUUGCCUUUAAGAAUAGUUUAAGAUAAAGACUUGUCUCGUCAAAUCCUGAAAUCCUAACUCAGUAUUGAUAUCACAAUGUUCGUAGGCUUAGAUGUGUAACAAUACCAGUAACAAAAUCUGUGUAUGUAGCUAUUGGAUAAAUAGAUAAAGCAAUAUUUUAUUACACAUUGGUAGUUUGCAUUGUAAUGUGUUAAGGUUAUAUAAAUCUGGGCAAUGUUAAAACUGUUGUAGAAUCGGUUCUCUAGGCCUAAAAUACUGUUUCGUCAAAGUUCUGUCCGUCACAUUAAUGUAAGCGGUCUCUGUGAUUACUUUCGAAUCUGAAUGCAAAAUUAUUUACUAAGUCUGACAUUAGGUUAAUACAUUGUGUUGUAAACUGUGUUUAUUGGGAAGCCAGAUUUUAAACAAACAUUAAUUUUUAUUUUAUUUGUCAAAUUUAUAUGUGUAAAACAUAUUUAGGACCUGUUUCAACACAUACAUUAUAAGGAGCCAAUAAACAUAUUAUAUACACGAUUAGUUAUACUAAAACUUAUCUGGUACAUUUAGAUAUUAUUAAACAGGUCUAUAAUAUGGAAUGUCUUUGCUACUGCUUAAAAAAAUCUUUGUCUACAAUUUUUUAUCUGUGGCUCCCAUAAAAUGCAGUAAAAUUCAAAUGUUCAUUGUAUUGUGGUAGAGUAGUUGUUGAUAUUGUGAUAUUUUAAGAUAAAUUUAUGAAUAAUAUUAAUAUAUAAGCAUUCAAUAGUCCCAAGAAGCUAACCCUAGAGUAGAUGCAUUAAAUUGUGAACUACAUGAGAUAUAUGUGGUCCGUUAUGCGGUGCCAUGAUUAUCACCAACUUUGGUGCUAAUAAUGAAAUCAUUUUGUGUGAAGAAAUCAAAUUACAAAUAAGCCAGUUAGAAGAGAACUGCAAGACUGCAUCCAGCAGCUUACUACUGUAUAACUUAUUCCUUUGGAGUUCAUAAUUUAAUGGUAGAUGAUUAUUAUGAAAAAAUGCAGCUUACCUACUCACUUGAGUCAUUUUUAGUUAAUCUGUGAUCAGCUUUAUGUUAUACACUAUGGAAUUGUUUUUUUUUUCUGAUUUGUGUUCUCACUAUGGUACUUUAUAUGGUAUUUUGAAAUAAAGUUAUUUUUAAAUAAGAAUAUCAGGUUUUAUUUAACAUAUUGUUGUAUCUCCCCUUAUAAUCUUCUUAGUAUCACAAAAUUUGUUAAAUUUAGAACAAUUAUAGAAUUUAAACCAUUCUUCCUAUUUCAUGUCUAUAAAGAAGAAAAAUAUACAAUGUAGUGUGUAGUGACGUAAAAUCUAGAAACAUAAAUAUUACAAUAUCAUGUUAUUCGAAAUAAUUAUAACAUUGUUUUUAAAUAAGAAACAUAAAAACAAUUUAAAAUCACUAGGUUAGCUCACUUUUCAUCUUUUCACAAUGUCGCACUAAGUCUUUGAGUUUAUAGACCAAAUCUUGUAGCUGCUGACUUCCACAAGUAAAGCGGACAUCAUUACCAUCAUCCGUCUUCAAAAUAACUGUAUAUAACAAGUUUUCAGAACCAACUCCAGGAGUAUUCGUCAUAACUUCCAACUUCCACUCCACAUCUGUGAUUUUAGGCAAUACGCCAGUUUCUACUUUCGGUCCCGGUUCCAUAUUGCAAUCAACUCUAAAGUAAUUCACUAUUUCAUUGUAUUCUUGAUCAAAGUUUAUAAAAACCAGAAUAUUAGGCAAAAAUCAAAUACCAUAAAUAAAUAAAUGCCCGAGUCGCACUCAGGGGCGACAAUGAAAUGUCAAAUUCAAUAAUGACA